AUGAAAGUAAUUCAAAAUAUGUCAGUCAUUUAUAUUCUCCCAUUUUGUCAUGCAAUAAAGCAAUAUAAAUUUUCCUGUUCUAUUUUGCCGCCACAAUAUGACCUCUCCCUGUGGCAAGUGUAACACAUGUCCGUGCUCUGGUCAGUCGAAUCAGGCUCCACGACAGCAGCCAGUUCCUCAACAACAAGAACAAGAAAUACAGCAACAACAGAUACAACAACCAGAAAGUUCUUGUCAACAACCGCAACAGCAACAAGUUGAGCGACAAUUAGAAAAGAGAUCCAGAGUUGAAUGCCAUUGCGUCAGCAGUAGCAAAAGUAGUAGACGAAACACAGCCCCGGUGCAGGCACCGCUCGCUGAUUCAUACACAUGCUCUCGACCACGACCUCAGCCUCAGGCAGCACUCGCGCCGAUCGAGGAGCGUUGCACAUGCAAAGCAAAAGCUGCCCCGCCUCAGUGCGAGUGUAGCCCACCAGUGUUACCCCCACCGUUGACGUCACAGCAGCGGCUCGCAGCAGAUCGCGAAAGGGCAGAAGCUCAGCAGGGGACGCAUGCUUACAUUACUUGCGGCCAGCCGACUCCUUAUCGAACCCAGAACCAGCCACAGUAUUCGCAAUAUGGAAAUCAACAGGCGCGCGCUCCUUGUUCGCAUUGUCGAACCCAGAAAAAAAAGAAGUGCAGCAUACAGUGAACGAACGUCAAUUCGUUUGAAAUGCUAUCAGAUUCGGACAGAUUAGUAGGCGACCCAGA